AUGGUUAGAAAGCUCAAGCACCACGAGCAGAAGCUUCUCAAAAAAGUUGAUUUUCUCAACUGGAAACAAGAUGCGAACCUCCGCGAGAUAAAGGUCCUCCGUCGUUACCACAUCCAGAACCGCGAGGAUUAUCACAAAUACAACAAAUUAUGCGGCUCGUUGCGAUCCCAUGCGCACCGACUCUCCAUGCUCCCAGCACAGGAUCCCUUUCGCUCCCGAAUGGAAGGCCAGAUGCUUUCGAAACUGUACGAUAUGGGCGUCCUGAACUCGACGGCGAAACUCUCAGAUAUCGAGAACAAGUUGACCGUGGCGGCGUUCUGUCGGAGACGGCUGGCUGUCUACAUGUGCAUGUCCAAGAUGGCGGAGACCGUUAGUGCUGCUGUCAAAUUCAUCGAGCAAGGCCAUGUUCGUGUCGGACCCGAUACUAUCACUGAUCCAGCGUUCCUUGUGACAAGACAUAUGGAAGACUUCGUUACCUGGGUCGACACGUCGAAACUCAAACGCACGAUAAUGUCGUACAAUGAUGAACUCGACGAUUUUGAUUUGCUGUAG